UCUCGCACACAGGCGCCGUCGCGUCCAACACCUCUAUAAAGCCCCAGCUGCGCCACCAUGUCCGGGUCUCGCAGUCCCCGCCCCUCCCGUGCCCGCCAUGCCCCUCCACUCCUCGAUCUUCUGUGCCAUCCCCGUCGACGUCCUCUUCCUCAUUGCCCUCGAGCUCACACUCCUCGAUCCCCUCGGUCCUCCCUCAGAACUACCCCCGCUCCUUCUCACCUGCCGCCAUGUCUAUAACUCCCUCUGCUUCCAGAAUGCUCCUCAUCUCUACGCGCGCAUCUUCCGCUGCAAGUUCGAUACGCGCGCCGCCUUACGGCGCAUGGGCCCCCGCGCAAUGCGUUCCAAGAACCUCGCUCUCCAGCUCAAGAAGGUUUCGCGCAUGUUGACGCGCAUCCGCAAGGGAGACAUCUGUUCCCCACAUCUCGAAGAUGACCUCUGGACCGCAUUCAUCAUGUGCAUGGAGAACGACGGCAAGAACCAGCAUCAGCUCGAAUGGUGCGGCAUCGAUAAUCUCGUCGAUAACUUCAUCUGCACCAGGCUCUGGGAGAGGAGGGAGUACAGCAACGGGUGGCCUGCGGAGAGCACCAUUAACUCGUUGGCUAUCUGGAUCUUCUGGUUCAGACAGGAUGCAGACAAGCUUGCAUCCAUGCCUGGCCCGAAGCGCCAGCAGAUCAUCGACCUCAUCCGUCCAUAUGUCCUCACCGCUCUCCGAUACCCGUCCUUCCAUGCGCCCGAUAAUCAUUUCGACUUCCCUCUCCCAGAAGAGCUGCAGGAUGAUUUUCCCUACACUCUCAUGACCCCGCACGGCUUCUAUCCCCUCUAUCGUCAGCCUAGCCAGCUGGAGGAGAGCUUCCCGCACUUCGGCCUCGGACUGAAAAUUUCCGCACCACUCAUUGCUCAGGGCGCGAAGCUCCUCUUCAUGACCCUCCAGGAACGUCCUUUGCCUUACCUCCCCAACGCCCCGCGCGACCGCCAGCAUGCGAUCGAAAUCGGGUGGACGACGAUCGGCCCGACGUGCGCGGAUGUUGAUGAGGCUAACGCGCACAAGGCGGUGUGGCUCACUGAGCGCGGAGAGUGGAACUGGCGGAGCAAGCUAAACAAUGUGGAGGGCGCGUUGGAGGACGACGGCGUCUGGCGGAGAAACUUGAAGGCACUGAGUGCGCAGUGGGACAACGACUGGCAUCGGCUCACGGGAUGCAUUGACCCGUGGGGCAUUCCACCUCUAAAAGGGCCCGUAUACACGCACGGCACGCUCACCGGACUCUGGCACGGUCGUCUCCUGGUGCCCGACUUCCAGCAGUACAUGGCAUUGGUGACGUCCACGAGCCUGCCGAACACGUUCUCUUCGCAGGACCCACGACUCUAUACGUCGACCCUGUGGAUGAACCUGCGCGAGCACCAUUGUAUCAAUCCGGAGCAUCCCGUGCGCGCAGGCGGGACGCACAUCGAAUACGACGACGGCGUGGGGAACGCGUACUUCCCCACGGUGACAUUCCGCGAAGCGGCCGGGCGCGUGCGCGUGGAGGACGAAGCCCUGAAUAGGAUAAGCCGGUACGAGACGUGGGUCGAAGGCAGGCCGAACUCGCAUAGUCCCGAGACAUGUACGCAGUGCAGACACUCCAAGGAAAUGCAGGAGUGGGAGUUGAGAGAGCGGGUGAAGGCGAUCACUGCGGCAGCGGCGAUAGAGAGUGAGCGAGAGGGUGGGCUGGAUGCAGAAGGGGAUAACAGAACGACGACGCAGCGGCCGCAGCCGACGGCAGGGUUCGCGGCGCAGUCGCAACGGAGCUCGCCAGGGCCUUCGGGCGUCCGCACGAGCGCGGAGAACGUCCAGGUCACUCAUGCGUGGGCGGCAGCGACGGCUGCGCUGGGGAGGGAUGUUGAUGUGUUCUUGGAGGACAUGAUGCUCGAGGACGAUGAGGACAGUGAUGAAGAGGAUGAGAGCGGCGGCAGCGGCGACGAUGAGAGCAAGCAAAAGCAGCAACACGAAUACGCGGAGAGCGUGGAGGGCGGCGAGGAGGGUGAGGAGGUAAUUGUGAAUACAUGCAAUGGAGUGUGUGAUAUCAUUAUUACCGGUGAGACCCUCCCGCACCAUGGCCAGGCAUGGAACCACUACCGUUUCUACGGGCGUGUGCGGCGGUGGGAUGGUUUGAUUGUGCUCUUGCGUGUGCCUGCGGAGGAUCAGAACCUGGGUGUGUUCAUCUUCCGGGGUUACCUCGUCGGGAGCUCGAAUUUCGUGGGCUCGUGGCGGCACAAAACGGACAACCCGCGAACGAUUUCGCUGGAGGGCCCAUUUGCGGUCAACCGGGUUGGAUAAUGGAGCACGAGGCGGGACUGGCGAGUGUAUGAUAUUCUUGCUAGGCGCGAUUGGUGUGGUGUGAUUUGGCCAGUGUAUUUGUGUCGUCUGCAUUGCUCAUGAACAUUGUCCUUGCUCCUGCGUGUAUAGGUGCCCGUCUGUAUUGCUAUCUUUCAUCUCCUAGUCAUACCUUUAGAUGGACUAGAACUCUACUCACGUCCCUCUGUGUCUCAUGUCUUCUCGUCAACUUCAUUUCUUCGUCUUGCGCUGUAUGAUUCUAGCUAAUGUACGUCCUGGAUAUCUCAAUGACUCCAUAGUGAUAGUUAUGAUGUGUUGCACAUGUCAUCUUAAUAACUUAGCCUUCAAUGGAGUAGACACUGAGAGUUGCUGAG